UGGUAGCGUGUAUUUAAACCGAGUGUCGCCGUUUUUGGUGGAGAUUGCAUUCGAUACUUCCUAUAAAAAAUAUUUUGGUUCGGAAAGUGUUAAGUUUUUUUCGUAUACCAUGAGCGAAGUAAUUGUGCAAUGUUCUACAGAGCCCGAAGAUGGCGGGGAUAAGCCAGCACCGACUUUAUCUGGGCCAAUUGUGGGUAUUAUUUACCCACCGCCUGAAGUUCGCAAUAUUGUUGAUAAAACUGCCAGCUUUGUUGCACGUAAUGGACCUGAAUUUGAAAGUCGCAUUCGGCAAAACGAAUUGGGAAAUCCUAAGUUCAAUUUCUUGAGUCCUGGAGAUCCUUAUCAUGCGUACUAUCAGCACAAAGUACGGGAAAUUCGUGAAGGGCGAAACGACGUGAGUUCUGCGGUAGUUCCUGCCGGAAUUCAACAGCUUAAAACUGCUGCAAGUGCUGCUGCUCAAUUAAAACAGCAGGAACUAUUAAAAUCCGUGCGAGAGGAACAAUUUGUUCCAAAGGAUCCUCCACAAGAGUUUGAGUUUAUAGCGGAUCCUCCUUCAAUAUCAGCACUUGAUUUGGACAUUGUUAAGUUAACGGCUCAGUUUGUUGCUCGUAACGGGAGACUUUUCCUGACUAAUUUAAUGAACAGGGAACAAAGAAACUAUCAAUUUGAUUUUUUGCGACCUCAACAUUCUUUGUUUCAAUAUUUUACAAAACUUCUUGAACAGUAUACAAAGAUUCUAGUUCCUCCUAAGGAUCUGAUGAAUAAACUGAAGAUCGAAAGCGCUCCUGGUCGGAGCAGUAUGAAUGUUGUUCUCGAGCAGGUCAAAUAUAGGGCCAAUUGGAACAAACAUCAGGAUAUGCAAAGACGAAGAGAAGAAGAAAAGGUAGAGCGAGAGCGAGUUGCAUACGCGCAGAUUGAUUGGCACGAUUUUGUUGUAGUCGAAGUUGUGGACUAUCAACCAUAUGAGAGUGGUAAUUUUCCACCACCAACUACUCCGGAUGAGGUGGGAGCUCGAGUGCUAAUGGAGGAGCGUUUAACAGAAGACGAUCAUGAUAUUGAGAUGCAAAUAGAGUCCAACGAUGAGGAAAGUGAUGAUGACAGACCAACAAAUACAAAUGUGAGAUUAUCUAAGAUGGAGAACCGCUUGGGACAAAUAACGACGCAACGGAAAGAUAAUAAUCAGGUUCAAGAUAUGGAUGAGUCUACCUCAUCAAGCGAUGAAGAUGAAUUGGAGCGUCCAGGUCGGGACAAAGUAAUUCCAUCUGCACCACAACCUCCACCAAUAGCCCCUCCCACACACGAUAAGGUUAUUGUUAAAAAAUAUGAUCCCAAGCAGUCUCAGAAAAUUCAAAAACCUCCGAGUGUUGUUGGUGAUGAUUUUCUUAUAUCCCCAAUAACAGGAGAGAAAAUUCCUGCUUCGAAAGUGGCAGAGCAUAUGCGUAUAGGACUGCUGGAUCCACGUUGGGUCGAACAACGGGACAAGCACAUUGAAAAAGUGGCGCAGGAGAACGUAUAUGCCCCAGGCGCUGCUAUCGAGGCAAGUUUGAAACAGUUAGCUGAACGACGUACCGAUAUUUUUGGUGUUGGCGAUGAGGAAGCUGCAAUUGGUAAGAAACUUGGCGAAGAGGAAACUAAAAAGGACGAUAGAGUUACUUGGGAUGGACACACAUCAAGUGUGGAAGCUGCUACUCGUGCGGCUAGGGCUAAUAUAACAUUGGAAGCUCAAAUACAUCAAAUUCAUAAAAGUAAGGGUCUGAUAACUGAUGAAGAGAAGGAAAAAAUUGGUCCUAAACCAAUUCCCGGAACUGUGGCUCUUGCGCCACCGAAACCUCCUGCGCCGGUUCCCCAACCACCUCCACAUACCACUGCAUCGCAAUCGCAUCAACAACAACCGAAAUCAAUUCAAGUUCCUCAACAUCCACACCACCAACACCAAGUUCAACCGCCACCAUCUAUGAUGAUGCCUAUGGGUAUGGGUAUGGGACCGCCACCCAUGAUGCCCCCGCCAUUCUCCGUCGGUUUUGGAGUUCCACCGAUGCCUCCGCAUGGUGUUCCAACAAUGGCUCCGGUUCCGAAUAUUACCGAAUCAUCAGCCGGUGGGGGCGUUCCGCUCAUCGAUAUCGAUGAACCACUAAAUAAAAAACCACGUACUGAAGAUCAUUUGAUAGAGGAAAACGUAUUCAUGCAACGUCACAAAGGACCGGUAACAAUACAGGUGCAGUGUCCAAAUCUGUCCGAAAAAAGUGAGUGGAAGUUAUGCGGGCAGACCAUCUCUAUACAACUACAGCUCACUGAUUCUGUAAGCACCAUGAAAGGAAAACUGCAAGCGGAAACUGGAAUGCCUCCAGCGAAACAAAAGAUAUUUUACGAGGGAAUGUUCUUCAAGGAUAGCAACACUGUUGCCUACUAUAAUUUGCUUAGCGGAGCUACAGUUGUAUUACAGCUCAAAGAACGUGGUGGACGUAAAAAGUAAAUUCUUCUGAGAAACCAAGGCAAGAGAAAUGUGUUUCUUUCCAUUAAUGAAUAUAUUCUAUAAACUACAUAAACUAACUGCUACGCUGGUGGUAAGUUACACGUUUAAUAAAUUCUAUUUCCUUAAA